CCCAACACUUUCGUCUUCAAACUUCUUCAAGUUAGGCAGUGCAAAACGUUCGCGGUAAAGGGAAAAAUUGUACAUCUGCAUUUGUAAUUUCAGUCGUUUGGAUCUGAUUUUGAUGCAUGGUCAUGGAAGACUUUGUAAAGGGAUAAACGUGACUGCGAUUUGUCAAACUAGAGAUUGAGGUGGAUACCGCCGUGUACAUUUUCUUGAAUCGGUUUCCGCCCACCGGCCAUGAUGUAAUUCUCCAAAUCGACGCAUAUGACAUCCCUUUGCACAUGUAUCCAAUGGGAAUAUCACAGUUCUAUGAUUUAGUCAUUCGAACUGCACCGUAGCUAAAUCACUAAAUGUUGUGUAAGGAAAUACAGACAUAACCUUGCUGUAGAGUGAAGUGUGAAUUUGAUUGUGACCAGAGUCUUUCUUUGGCUUUCUUUCUGCUGUGCUAGCUGCUACUACAUGCAGUGGUAUCUUUCUUGGAUUAUAAUUUAGUUUUCAACGUAAAACAAAUUCUGGAUAAAGAGAUCACCCUUUCAACAAAAUUUGUAGUGCUUGACUUUGAUCAUGCUACUGGAGCCAGGACUUCGAGUGGUUCGAGGACCAGACUGGAAAUGGGAUGAGCAAGAUGGAGGAUGCGGCCAUCUUGGUACGGUUGUCCCCUCACAGCCAAUAGUUCCAGACAAGCUCUCUAUUGAAGUCCGGUGGGAUCGAGGUCUGAGAGGAGACUACAGGGUCGGAUAUCAGGAUGCAUAUGACUUGCGUCUCUAUGACAACAGUACAGUUGGUGUGAACCACAUUGAUAUCAAAUGUGAUGUCUGCCAGAAAUACCCAAUCUACGGCAUCCGCUGGAAAUGCGAGAACAUUGAAAAAUACAACCUCUGCUCUGCCUGCUACCAUGGAGGCAAAGCCAACCUCUCGCAUAGUUAUCACAGGAUUGUCGUUCCAGGAGCAAUAGGGGUCCGGAUGGAAAAACGAAAUUUGAGUGUUCUGGUUGAGGUCAAAGGUCUCUUUCCAGGAGCAAAGGUCAGAGUCGGCUCAGAUCUUCAGGUUCCCAAAGAUGAUGAGAGGUAUCGCUACAAGGGCACCCUGAAGAGGCUUGAGCCCUGGGUCGAUGGCUUUCCAAACACCGCAGCCGUAGUGAACUGGCCCCCCGUCCGUCAGGAUAGAUACAGAGUGGGUUAUAAAGGGUUUAUGGACAUCAAGACAAAAGAACCAACACCUGGAGGCAUGUGCUACCUUACUCAUCUUCCUGUACUUGGGCAUCCUGUUGAGAUGGAGUGUGUUGAAGGUCUUAGGGUAGGUGAUCAUGUGACCGUCAACAUGGAAGAGGAUCUUCUACGUGAGCUGCAGCGGGGACAUGGAGAUUGGCAGCCAGGGAUGGCCAAUGAAAUAGGACAGACAGGGACCAUUCGAGAUAUUACGAGUAACCAGGACAUCAAGGUCUGGUAUCAAGAUAGAAACAGAAUGUGGAUAUUCCAUCCAGCUGCUUUGACAAAGGUUCAUCGUAGACCUUCGAGUUUGGUGGAAGUUGAUGAAUCUGGCGACUUUCGGAUUGAGGUCGAUAAAAGUGGACAGCGACGUCCUGCUCCAAAGGAUAGCAUCCCCAGUCAAAGAAGAAACGGUGGAUCAUCAGAUUCCUCCAAGUUCACUGGCCAGAGGAGUAAUGUCAAGAUCCAUGAGGUCAGUAUGCGGGUUGGUCUGGAGAAGAGUAAGGACCAAUCUGAGGACAUAGCCAUUGCUGCAGCUCAAGGCAACGAAAAGGAUGUCCGAGAGAUCCUCAGAGGCCAUCCAGAAUGGGUUAAUUCAACGUGUGAUGACAAGAGCCCUCUACAGUUGGCAGUGUAUGGAGGUUUCUUGGACGUUGCCAAGCUGUUAAUAGCAGCCGGAGCUGAUCUAGAUGCUACUGAUGAUGAUGGAGACACGGCUCUGAUGUUUGCUGUAUAUGGUAACCAUCCAGAGAUCGUCAAGUUUCUUCUUCAGAAAGAAGCAAAUGUGAACAUUGUAAACAAUGAGAGACGCUCAGCCCUACACCAGGCGGUUACAAGAAACUACAUAGAAUGUAUUAAAAUCCUCUUGGAGUACAAUAUCAAUUUGAAUAUACAGGAUAACUUUGGUGAUACAGCCGUUCACGAUGCCAUCAGCGGUCAAAGCAAGUCAGUUCUAUCUCUUCUCUUGACCAGAGGGGGCAUAAAUUUCAGACUGAGUAACAAGCGAGAGUUUAACGCUCUUCAAUGGGCCGCCAUGAAAGGGAAUAUCAAUGCCGUCACAAUGAUUUUAACCAUAGAGAAAGAACUGGCAGGUAUUCGUAACGUCGAUGGACAAACUGCCCUUCACAUUGCCGCAAGAAAUAAUUUUGAGGAUAUAGUGAGGAUAUUGAUAGUCCAGGGAGAGUGUAGUGUAGACGAAUAUACUGUGGACAAACAAACUCCUCUCCUAUUGGCUGUGGGGGCGGGUCACGUGGAGACCGUCGAGGUGCUUCUGAAGCUGUGGGCUGACGUCAACUUACCUGAUGCCGACGGAGACACCAGCUUGCACGUCGCCCUCUUGAGGCAGGUCAUAUUCCAGGAUGUCACCGAAACGUUACUCAUACAAAAGAUCAAAGACAGGAUUCUUGAUCAGUCCGUGGCGACAUCUGGCCUUGCUUUGGCCUGUCUUCUCGUUGAAUACAGAGCAGAUCUGGGUCACGUGAACAACAAAGGUCAAACUCCCCUUGACAUAGUCCCAGAUACCAAGAUUCAUGCGGUGCUCAAGAGCUUUGUCACAGAUAGAGGGAGUCCUGGUCAGCAAACUGCCACAGUCUUUCCUGCUUCUGCCCCGCCUCGUCAUCCAAAAGAUGGCACGGGUGGUCUGCAGAGAGGAAAUGAAACACAGCGAGAGCGAGAACAACGAGAAAAAAUUGAGUAUUAUGAACGUCAGCAUAGAUUAAGCCUAGGUGAGGAGGGUCAAGAUAACCGGCUUGUUGAUACGGGGACCAGUGGACUGAGAGAGAAUCUGGAUCGGGGCUCUGGAGUUGUGGAUCACCAGGAACUCCUACAGAAGGGUGAUGAUGGUGAAGCAAGGGGGAGGCAGGACCACGUCCAGAUGCAGCGGGAUAAAGAGAGGCAGUUCCGUCUUGCUCCAUCCUGGAGUAUGCCUGGGAGUGAAGAUGUUGGUAAAUCUACCGUUGCUCCGGAACAUCGUCCAAGCGAUGAGGUUGGUAGUGAGAUUCCAGUACAUAUUGUUAAGCAGCAAAUGGAGGAGAUGCAGAUUUUGGGGGAUCUUGACGCUGACCGACAUCGCAAGGAUAACCGAGGACAAACACCAGAGCAUAUCCUCAAACAAGAGAAACAGCUUUUGGCCAUUCAUGAAGCACUUCCUGACCCUAACAGAGUAUCUCCAGGGCACUAUCAUGCUCCUAUUCGCAUCCCAGAACAGGUUAUAGAUCACAUCGAAAUGCAAGCGAGAAAAGAAUGUCAGUUUGAAGCCAUAGCACAGGCUCCUUCCCGAGUAGGUCAAGACAGACCAAUCCAUCGUCCCACCCCACGUCUUGACCUAACUCCUCAACGAUCACCACGUCAGGAUCCAUCCUCGGAUGCCUCGCCUUCACCCCUACCAUACCGGUCUACCCCUACUCCAACCACCAUGACUCCCAAUCUAGAACAAUGUCUGCUGCGCUGUGGUAACAUCGCCGAUGGUCAGUUCAAACCUUGUGACCACACCAUCGUCUGUGAGAACUGCGCCAAGUGCUUCCAGCUAUGCCCUGAGGCCGGGUGCAGGCAAAAAGUGGAGUCUGUUUUGAAGCUGAGUCGGCUAUUUCCAGUGUAUUCCAACGCUGAUCCUGGUAUGGGCCAACAAACACCGAAAACUGGAGCAUUUGCUGCAAAGGGCGCAACGGGAGAUCAUCCAUCGGGGGCAAGGAGAAAGAUCUUUGAGCCAGACAGCGAGCUGACCAAGUCAAUUCUCAUCCAGAAGAACCUGAAGUUGGAGGAUGAGGUGCUGUGUCCAGUCUGUAUUGAUCAGAGAAGGGAAUUUGUCUUCUUGUGUGGACAUUCUCUUUGUGAAAGUUGCUCCGAAUCCAUUGAUGAUUGUCCAUUUUGUAGACGGCCCAUCACAAAGAAAAUUAAGAUGUAUUGAGGGACUGUUGCUCUGCGAUUAGUAUCUUAUACAAUGUCCUUACUUGGUGUUUUUUUUUAUGAUUAUCUUCCAUAUUGUGCUCACUGAUUU